AUAUUGUUCAUUCCUACCAAAAUGCAGUCAUCUACAACUGCAGAUAAACCGUCGCUACUCGAGAUAUCAAGACCGUACCUAUCACCAAAUGAGUUGUCGUAUCUUCAUUCCUUGACCAUCGCUGAUGACAAAAAGAUCUUGUACAACCAACGGAAACACCAGAUCUUCCAGUAUCUUUUCCAUAUCAUAAAGAUAUUGAAGUUCCCCAUCCGGGUGUUGAGUACGGCCAUGGUAUAUUAUCAGAAGUACUACUUGUUCAACGAGUUCAACGACUCGUCCGAAGAUUUCACUGACUUGGAGAAAAAUAUGGAGAAUGACCCUUACUCCAUCGCAUUGACGUCUUUAUUUCUUGCAAGCAAGAACGAAGAUUGUAUUAAAAAACUCAGAGACAUUCAGGCGGUUGCUAACAAGUUAAGGGACUUGAACGAUGAUGCCAACUACUUGGAGUUGCAGAGGAAAAUCUUACUCUUGAUCGAGUUCAAGCUAUUACAAGUUUUGAAAUUUAACUUCAACAAUAACUCGUUGAUAGUUCCUUCGUUGGAUAACCUAGUGGUCCACUUUGCCAAAAUAAAGAAGUUGAGCUAUGAGAAGACCUUCUUCAGCUGGCUUGUAUGCUUUGAUUUGAUGUCGACACCGGUGAAUUUGAUGUUACCUCCUCAUUGUAUUGCAUUGGGAGUGGUAAUAGUGGCAACCAAUUUGGAUACUUCCGAGUUGUCGAUCACCGAAGAACAUAUUGAUGUUCCUGUGAACAAGCAGAGUACCAGUAUGAACAACGCUAAUACUAAACCAAAUAUCAAAACCACAGAUUUCAACUGUCCCGAACUUCUAGUCAAUGAGUCCAUAAUCUAUAUACUAGACUAUUACGUACACCAGUACGGGUUUUCGGUGUUGAAAGAGUACUUGCCAGCCAUAAACAAGAAGUUGGGCAAAGAACAAAUCUUCCAGUUCAUGAACUUAAAGUCCAAGUUCAACAAGUUGAAGCUUAUAAACGAGAUUUCAUGCUCCAAGAACUUGUUGCCCAAAGACAACUACCUCAGGAUAUGGGACUACACCACGGGAAUGAAGGGAACGGCUCGGUUCAUGCUAGGUAACAAAAGGAGAAGAUUCACCAAAGAGCUAGACCUGAGCCCCUCUUCCUAGUGGCAACAUAUAAUAAUGAUCUCAGUCCCUCUGACUAGAUGCAAUAUAAUGACCCCAGCACCUCUAUCUACCUACAACAUAGGAAAUCCAUGCGAAUUAUUAAUGCAAAUAUUAAUCUAAUCGAUCUUGUAACUAACCUUGGUGCCAAUCGAAUGAAGGCUGGUCUUGAACGUACUGAAAUCCACAGACUCGAAUUGGUCCCCCAACUUUUCAUCUUGAGUAUCGCACCAUUCGCUGGGAAUGUUAUUCACAUCUUGUUCGGUGUAAACCAAUAUGUUGAAGGUGAACUCUCCAUCCAACACUGGUAAAUAAGUAGCCGAGCUAGUGAUCUGUCGUAUAAUGGCCUGGAUUUCUUUCUUUAUUGCGUCUCGAGAUUUCUCCGAUUGGUUAUCUCCUUCCACCACCUCUAAAUUGAACUCCCACCGUUCAACCGGCUCAGCCGUCUGUUUGUCUAUUAUCACCAAAAUCAACUUCUGUAACUUAGUGCCGUAUACCCACCGCUUAAUCUGUGAUAAGAACUGGUUAAUGUAGUUCUUGAUAUCCUCAUCGAUGGUGACUAGCAAGGGUAAAUCGUACUUCUUAACAGUCUGAAAGUCAUCAGCUGGGUAGAUUCCUCGUUGGAAAAGGAUGUUGUUGAUGGAGAACUCGAAGUAGUCACACACAAUCUUGCUCGACCCUUUCAAUGCCAAUUUCGAGUCUGCCAUAAGAUAUGUAUUUAU